AGAAAUGGCCUGGUAUCUCAGGUGCUUGACCUUUUGGUUUAUAUAGAGGCACAGGGUUUAAGACCAGACUCUGUUACACACAGCAUGGUAAUUGAAAAUCUAUGCAUAGGAGGAAAAGUCAAAGAAGCUAAAGCAUUUUUAAAUAAUUUGGUAGAUAAGAGUGAGGAGACCUACACUGCUCUGGUCCGUGGAUACUGUGAAGCUAACAAAACAAGGAAGGCCUAUGAACUUAUCUCUAAGCUGGCAAAGCACGGAACCAUUAACAAAGGUGCUUGCUUUAAAGUACUCAGUAAUCUUUGUAUGGAAGGUGAUAAUGUCAGAGCUAUCUUGUUGUUUCAGAGAAUGUUUGCCUUAAAUGUGGAACCGAAGACAAUUAUGUAUAGCAAACUCAUAGCUUCUCUCUGCCAGGCUGGAGAGGUGCAAAAGGCCCGCCAGUUUUUUUAUUCUUCAGUAGAGAGAGGGUUUACUCCUGAUGCGGUUGACUACACAGUGAUGAUAAAUAGCUACUGUAGGGAGAAUUCCUUGCGGGAAGCCCAUGAUCUCUUCCAUGAUAUGAAAAAGAGAGGGAUUCAACCUGAUAUCAUCACUUACACAGUUUUGCUUGAUGGGUUUUCAAAAAGAAACAUACGAAGGGUUCGUUCCCCUCUAGAUGCAAGGGGAAAUAGGGAAGAAAUGGCGGAUGCUUCUACUAUACUUUGGACUGAGAUGAAACAACUGGGAAUACAACCUGAUGCCAUUUGUUACACUGUUUUGGUAGACAGACAUUGUAAAGCAGACAACCUUCGGGAUGCUAUUGCACUCUUUGAUGUAAUGAUUGAAAGAGGAUUAAAACCUGAUACAGUGACAUACACAGCUCUUCUGUCUGGCUGUUGCAAAAGAGGAGAUGUGGAUAGGGCUGUAACCCUAGUUAAUGAGAUGUCUUCGAGGGGAAUACAGCCAGAUGCCUAUACACUGUCAGUUCUACAGCAUGGAAUCUUAAAAGCCAAAAAAGUGCAGUUUCGGAACUAAGAACUGCUGAUAUUCAGUUCUUGGAUAGACCCAGGGUCGUGAAAUGGUAGAGCAUGGCGACUGCUGGAGAGGUGUGCCUGAGACAACAAUAUUGCUUGCCGAAAGACUUGGUGGGAGCCUCAUUCACCGGGCCACCACUAGAUGGCGGAAGAAGAAACAUGUUACCAAGUCACCUGGAUAUCAUGCCUUGGUACAAUACAGCUUUGAAUAUGAUGAUUCACAUUGUACACGAGUUGAAUCUCAUUCAUACAUGACUUUUAUACUUGUUUAUCUAAUAUAUGUGGUCUGCCAAUUAGCCACAUGAGAAACUUUUGGUCAUGAUAUAUCUUGUAUGUCAUCUGCAUCAUUUCAUUCUGCUUUUUGUUGUCCAUUAUGUGUGUU